CUUUUCACCUUCUUUCUUUUCAACUCUCAAUAAUAUAAGCAACUAAAUAAUAUUUUUUUUCUUUUUUUUUUUAAAGAAAACAAAAACUCAAUGGUAGUGGCUACUAAUUCAUCGGCUACACAUUCUAUAGCAGAACUUAUCACAGAAUUUCAUAAAACAACAGGCAAUGUGCCUCCAGCCUUAAUUGGAGCGUCAACUACCCUGGCUAAUCAACAUAUUUAUUUAUUUGGUGGUAGACUUCAGACUACUCGACAGAUUUCAAAUUUAGUCUAUGUUUUAUCAUUACGAACUAGGAUUUGGAAAGUUAUUCAACCAGAGAAUACACAACCUUUACCGCGAUAUUUCCAUUCUGCCAAUUAUAGCGCUAUUCAUAAUCAAAUUUUUAUCUUUGGUGGUAUGAGUACGAUUAAAGAUGAAAACGAUAGAUAUAAAAUGACCACCUUAAAUGAUUUGAUCUCGUUAAAUCUUAAAACAAUGGCUUGGGUCUAUUAUCCAGGGUUUACGAACGAGAGCAAUUCACUGUUACCCGCUCCUCGGUACGCCCAUAUUUCCUCAUGUAUAAAAGAUACUCUAGUAAUCAUGGGAGGUCAAGAUAUAGAUAACGAAUAUAUAAAAGACAUUAAUGUAUAUAACAUCAGAAAGAAAUCAUGGUAUUCAUCUUUCCCUUCUCAACAUCAACAAUAUGGUGUCUACCGCUCAGCUGCAGUUGUCGUUACACCUAUCGAACUCACUCCGCCAUUUGCACCAACCAUGGAUCUACUUUCUAACGGAUAUGAAGACUCUACUCAAGAAGUCCUUAAAGAUGUCAUCUAUAGCCAUAUUCUUGUUUAUUCUAAUUUAAAUAAGCAUAAUCAUACGAAUGAGAUAGAAUCUGUUGAUCGUAAAUUUCAUAUGUGGCAACUAAGCUAUGACCCAGAUUUGAGUGUUGAAAUGGAAGAUCAGUCUGAAGAUAUUAGUUUUGGUAAUACUUCACCAUCUUCCUUCAAGUUCCCCUCUGCCUUUAUGUGUGGUCAGCAGCUUAUUUUGGCAGGUCCACAUUUUUCUCCUACGAGUCAGCAAUUUCAAAUUUGGGCGUUAGAUACGACUACCUCUAUCUGGACUAAGAUUGAAGUAGGAACGGCGUUCUCCAAUGGAUCAUGGUUAAGAGGAUUACUCAAUGAUAAUAAUAAUAAUAAUCAGUUCAUUGUAUUUGGUCAUCCAGAUCGAUCCAUGAGGGAUGAUUAUAGAGAUCGUGUUCAUUGCUUUGAAUAUAUUGCUUGCGUAGAUAUUGAAAUAUUUGGUGUCUAUAAGCCUCCUCGUUCAACUUAUAGUUCGUUUGGCCAGGGCUUAGGGCUUGCACUCCUUAAGGAUCCAAUCCUCUCUGACCUCAAAAUCCUAUCUACUGACCAGCAAUAUAUAGCCGUCAAUUCAACUGUACUUGCUCAACGCUGGCCGUCUAUUGCCCCUUUAAUCGAAACCAUACUUGAGCCUUCUUCUGCUAAUGGUGAUAUGAUGCAUAGUUUAGACUUUGAUAAACGUGAACUUCAUUUCCCAGAUACGUAUGUAGUAUUAAUUGCGUUUCUUCAGUUUAUCUAUACAGAUCAUCUCGUUACUGCCCAACAGCAUCAGCCACAGAUCCUGGCUCGAUUACUGUUUAUUGCCGAUCUCUUUGAAAUACCUCGACUUAAAGCAUUAGCUACUCAUGCUUUACAUCAGAUGCUGAAUAUUCAAACUGCUACUAUGAUUUAUGAAUCAGCAUCACUUUCGAAUGCAGUUUCACUACAAAUUCGUGCUUUACGAGUUAUGAUUAAUGCGAGAAAUAUGAUGCAAAGACAAAAACAAAUGGAGCUAAAAAAACGUCAACUUUUAGAAGAGCAACAACAACAACAAAGGCAGCAGCAGGAAUCCUUUGUUGUUGAACGUCCUUUUUCACCACCUACUACUCCUCUUGCUUCCAACUCUUCUUCUUUGAAACUCUUCCUUUCUCAACAACAACAACAACAGCAGCAGCAGCAGCAUCAAACAAAUUCACGACUCUUACAAAAAUAUGAUGCAAUUCAUCGACAGCAUAAUACGAUACCAACAAACAUGACUAGUAGUUUGUCUUCUACAGAAAAUACCCGAUCUCAUGACAUUACACCCCAAAGCUCUUCACUACAGAACAAACAUCAUCGAACACGGUCUGAAAGAUCAUUAUCUAUCGAGACUUCACCUUAUCCAGCAACUAAUAUAUCUACUAUAAAUAGUAGUAAAUCAAUCAAAUUACCUACUUUCCGUAUGAGACAACAUACAUCUUCAUCUCAUGUCAAUUUUAUUACAACAACAAAUAAUAACGAUGCUGAACCUAAAGCGACAGCUAGUGUGUCUACUACACCUUUUAACAAUAAAUCAAUGACACCCUCUUUUUGGAGACAAACUUCUACUUCAUCCAAUAUAUUAUCAGCCUCGUUAAAAAAGAAAAAUAAUGGAACAACAUAUAACAUCUCUCCUAAAUUGGAAACAAAGUUGAAUGCGUUCAAUUUUAUAACUAGUAAUCAUGUUUAAAGAAAAAAAAAAGUACCCUUUUGUAUAUCCCAUACAUACUUAUUCUAUGGCUUGCAUAGAAUACAAAAAAAAAA